GGCCGCACUAACAUGAAACUUUGAUAUUGAGGUGGGGGCCGCAAACUUUUGUCCGGCGGGCCGCAGUUGGGGCCCGCGGGCCGCGAGUUUGAGACCCCUGAUAUACAUGAAAUAACAGGGAAGUAAACAAAAUCUGGUAACCCGGCCAUGCGAUGUCCGUUCGAAAAUUUAAAAAAAAAUAAAAUAAAAUAAACAAAGCUAAGUGAAAAUUAAAAUGGUUGUAAGGCAGACAAUGCAAGCAAAGACUUUUCACAAUCCGUACCAAAAUCGUAAACCGUGUUCAUGGUUUUCCGUGAAUGUGACGUGGACGGGGACGGUACAUGCAUUAUGGAAGCAAUAAAAUUACACAAAACACACACAUAUAUAUAUAAUGCAAAUUUAUCAGCAUACAGAAUUGAAGAUUUAUGUCACGAAGACUACCCAAAGAAAAUCGUCCAAUCUUCUCUAGCAAAUAACUACAGAUUUUUUUUCAAUUUAUUUCUAAAAUGUAAAUUUGGAUACAACGGAGAAUGACAAAGGAAGGUAGAUAAUGCUAUUAGCAUCUUGCCAUCAGGAAGAGUAGUUUCCCUUGUAAUAUGGUUACCACCAAAGCUUUGGAGCGCAAAGUUUCCAAAAACGUCCUUUACAGAUGUCAAGCUCAGAGCACAGUCAUCCUGCUGCUGCAAAAUCAACAGGCAGGGAUAAGGAAGGGCUUUCUAAGACAUCUACAGGAGCUGCACCCAGCAGUAAUACUGGCAAGACAAGGGGCUGGGGACGACGUGAUGAUGGAGGAUGGGGUGUUUUUGGUGGUUAUAUGGCAGCUAAAAAACAAAAGCUAGACUCUCAGUUUAACACAGACCGUGGACAAGUGUCAAAUAUAUUUGAAGGGAUUUCUAUCUAUAUCAAUGGCUAUACAAACCCAUCAUCAGAUGAGCUGCGAAGGUUGAUUAUGGAGCAUGGAGGUCGUUAUGAACAGUAUCUAAUGAAAACUCGAGUGACGCAUAUAAUUGCAACAAACCUGCCAGACAGCAAGAUCAGGGAUUUGCGUGACAUGAAGGUUGUGCAGCCUGAGUGGAUUCUUGACAGUAUCAAAGCAGGAAGACUACUUUCACAUGUACCUUAUAAAUUAUUCACCAGUCAAGGAAAUUCAUUGGAUUCAUUUUCUACUGUCAUAAAACGUUCAUCAAAAAUAGCAUCUCAUGGUUCAGAACAGGGUUCAAGUGCAAGCAAAGUAUUUUUAGGAAAAAUGCAUCAGGACCAAGUAAAAUGUUCUCAUGAUGGUACUGCAGUGGAAACCAGUACUAGAGGACACACUGGUGAUGAAAUAUCAGACAGCACAGAGCAGUCACAUGAUGCUGAUGCUUUUGACAGAGAGACAGAAAGAAUACACCAGCCAUUGUCUCCAUCAGAUUACAUUUCUGAUCAAUCUUUGACAGACAUGUUACCAUCUAUCAAUAAGCAUGGGGAGCAAACCCAUGUAAACCCACCAAAAACUAGUGCAUCUUCAGGAUUGUUACAGGACAAGGGCAAAUCACCUGUGAAGGCAGGUGACCCUAGUUUUCUCUUUGAGUUCUAUUCUCAUUCACGGCUGCAUCAUAUCUCCACCUGGGGAGCUGAGUUACGAGCUUAUGUCAGCAAACUUCAAAAAGAGAGCAGGGGCCACUUUCCAGGCCGAGACAAGCUGCGAGAAUUCCACAUGCAGAAAAUGGUGGAAAGAGGCUUUGCACCCUCACUUGAAUCUUCCAAGUGCGGCAAGCAUUCAAAAGUUAUCAUGCAUGUUGACAUGGACUGCUUUUUUGUGUCAGUAGGUUUGCUAAGUCAUCCAGAAUAUAAAGGUAAACCAGUUGCAGUUACACAUUCCCAGGGAAAAGGUCUGACAAGACCUAUUCCUGGCUCAGACUAUGUGUUUGAACAAUCAAACUGGGGGAAUAAAAAAGUUGGAAUUGAAAAGCCCUCAGUGAAUGAAUCUUUCACCAAUACCAAAACUGGCAGUGAUGGACAAGAAGAAGAUUUUAUGGCAUUGACAUUGGAGUCACAUGCUGAGGUGGACAUUUUGGCUUCAGCAGACAUGCCAGGAAAACAUUCAUUCCACUCAAUGGCAGAGGUUGCAUCCUGUAGUUAUGAAGCUCGAAAGGCAGGGGUGAAAAAUGGAAUGUUCAUGGGAGAAGCACGACAGCUAUGUCCAGAACUUGUCACAAUACCAUACGAUUUUGAGGGUUACAAUCGAGUUUCCAAAUGCUUGUAUGACACUGUUGCAAGCUACACCCAUGAUAUUGAGGCUGUUAGCUGUGAUGAGAUGCUGGUGGACUGUACAGAUCUGCUUGCUGAUACAGGGACCACACCACUAGAAUUUGCAGAGCUACUUCGGAAAGAUAUUGUAGAAAAGACUGGUUGCACAGCUUCAGCUGGACUAGGUUCAAACAUUUUGUUGGCUCGCUUGGCAACCCGUUGUGGAAAACCCAAUGGUCAGUUCCAUUUGUUGCAAGAUGAAGUAAUGGAUUUUAUGAAGAUGCAGUCAGUAAAGGAUUUACCUGGUGUUGGUUGGUCUAUGAGCAAGAAGCUGAAUGCAAUGGGAAUCAUGACAUGUGAGGAUCUACAGAAGAUCUCCCUGGCUGCUCUACAAAAAGAGUUUGGCCCUAAGACUGGACAGACUCUCUACAAGUUCUGUCGUGGGGAGGAUGAUCGCCUGAUUCGAACAGAAAAAGAGAGGAAGUCUGUGUCUGCUGAGAUAAACUAUGGCAUCAGAUUCCAGUCUGAUGGUGAAGCUGUUAAAUUUGUGGAAGAACUUGCAGCGGAAGUAAGCAGCCGUCUUCAGUCUAUUAAAAUGAAGGGCCGCACCCUGACCCUAAAAUUGAUGGUACGGCGUCCUGAUGCUCCACUGGAAACAGCUAAGUUCAUGGGCCAUGGGAUCUGUAACAGUAUGUCCAAGUCAUCAACAUUGCCUUUAGCAACAGACAGUCCAGAUCUGCUUGGAAAAGAAGCUGUUGGAUUGCUUAGAGCAAUGAAAGUAAAUUCGCCUGAUCUGAGAGGGAUUGGAAUUCAGGUGCAUCGUCUGGAGACAGCUACCUUUGGUUCAGCAACAGGCUUAGCUUCAAAGGGCAAUCAGAGCAUUCUAAACUUUGCAGUUGCCAGACAAGAAGUUUCUGAAAAAGCAUCAGAAUGCCACAGCAAAGCUGCUCAGUCUGCUGGUAAUGAGACUCAAGAGAAGAACUUUGAGAGUGUUAGUGACAGACUAACAUUAAAUUCCAAGAUGCAACACCAGUCAGCUGCUUAUCACGGAAGAGCAGCAGACCAGAUCUCCAACAUCAAGUGUAGAGAAGAGAAUUCUGAGCAAAUGUUGCCACCUUUGCCAUGUCUGCCAGGUCUGGCAGAUAAGAGGCCAUCCAAGGAAAUAAUUAGAGGGGAAAGAGCAGAAUUCCUCUUGUCUCCAUCCCAGGUGGAUCCAAGUGUGUUACAAGAGCUUCCAUCAGACAUUCGAAAGCAGAUAGAAGAAGAAAUAAAGAAAAGUAGAAAGCCUUCUCAUAGCUGCACCAGUACAAGGAGAGUGUCUUCAGGAAAGUCCGCUGACAGCAGCAGACCUGGGUGCUCACACUGGGCCACUCCUCCUGAUGAGCCUGUUGAGGAAUUGCCUGAAGAGCAGGGGAUAGAAAGAAAAGCAGCUGAGACUCUGAAUAUUUCCUUUUCACAAAUUGAUCCAGAUGUUCUGAGUGAGCUACCAGAUGAUGUUCGUACACAAUUAAAGGAAGACCUGGCAGCAGCAAAAAGACUACGAACAAGGAGUGAAACACAAGCUCCACAGAGUCAUGUCAUGAAACGUUGGGAUAAAGAUUGUGCAGACAGACAGCAGAAAGAUCAUGAGGAUGUUAUUUGUGCCCUUCCUAGUCCCUCACAGCUUGAUCCCAGUUGCCUAGAAGCACUUCCAAGGAGCUUGCAGGAUGAGAUCACGGCUGCAUACUCCAAGCAAGAGCUGGUCCGCCAGCAGGGACAGUUGCACUCUCCAGGUAAAAGUCACCCUCUGCCAUCUGGUCGCUCAAGAGGUGGAGGAAGAGGAAGAGGAAGAGGUAGGGGCCAGGGAGGAAGGCCUCGAGGAAAGGGGAGUCCACUCUUUAAAGUGCCGCAAGGAAAACCAGCUGUAAAUUUAUCAAAAACGUUUGCACCAAAGCAGCUUGAUUUUGGAAGAGAAGCAAACAUUGUACAAACACACAGUAGUGUCACUGUGGAAACAAGGCCACAACUGACUACAGUAACCAAGGAAAAUAACAUCAGCUUGUGUGGAGCAGUCACCCUGGCUGAGGUUCGAGCCUUGCUGUCAGAGUGGCUGGAUUCAACAGGAGACCCACAAGAUCAGGAUAUUGAAGAGCUCGUAAAGUAUUUGGGACAGCUUGUGUUGGACUCAGACCUAGAAAUGGUUGAUCUCAUCCUGAAAUUUCUUCAUAGGAAAACCUCCAUUCAGAAACUGGUCACAUGGAAGGCAUCUUUCCAGAACAUUUUGCAGCACACACAAGAUAUUGUAAAGUCAGUAUAUGGCAACAACCUCAAAACUGAUUGGUUGUCACGAACUUAUUGAGUUCUCAGCAUAGAAGUGAUCUCUGUUGCAGUUGAG